CCGACCUCGGCUCGAAAAGGCCCCUCGGUGCCCGGUCGGGAAGACAUCUCUGAUCACACGGUUCAUGUACGACAGCUUCGACAACACGUACCAGGCAACCAUUGGGAUUGACUUCUUGUCAAAAACCAUGUACUUGGAGGAUCGUACGGUGCGACUGCAGCUCUGGGACACAGCCGGCCAGGAGAGGUUCCGCAGCCUGAUCCCCAGCUAUAUCCGGGACUCCACGGUGGCCGUGGUGGUGUAUGACAUCACAAAUCUCAACUCCUUCCAGCAGACCUCUAAGUGGAUUGAUGAUGUCAGGACGGAGAGGGGCAGCGAUGUGAUCAUCAUGCUGGUGGGCAACAAGACGGACCUGGCUGACAAGAGGCAGAUAACCAUAGAGGAGGGCGAGCAGCGCGCCAAAGAACUGAGCGUCAUGUUCAUCGAGACCAGUGCGAAGACUGGCUACAACGUGAAGCAGCUCUUCCGACGUGUGGCCUCGGCUCUGCCUGGAAUGGAGAAUGUCCAGGAGAAAAGCAAAGAAGGGAUGAUUGACAUCAAGCUGGACAAACCCCAGGAGCCCCCGGCCAGCGAGGGCGGCUGCUCCUGCUAAUGCAGCCAGACCCCGGCUUCCUUUGACACUACUCGCUUGUUGUGUUGCUUCCUAUUGGUUAGCUUCCUAAGGGGGGUGGGAGAUGAGCUUAUCCAGAUGGGAGGAGUUUUCUUUUCUCUCUGUCUCUAGGAGUCGGGUGGGUGGGGAGGGAGGCUGGGCAUCAGGGAUCACGUCACUCUUAACAGCUGUUACUUAAACAACUAUUUUUUGGUUUGGUUGUAAUAUAUUGUACUUUAUUAAGAUUGCCAAAAACUUAAAAUUUAAAAAAAAAUUUAAAUCAUGUGUAUACAACUUUUUGCCAGAUAAAAAUGUAGUCAUUUUUAUUUGAAAGAUGUGCUUUUUUUGUUUUUGUAUAUUUGUAAACUUACAGAGAACCUUUUCCACACACCUCCUCCUUCCUGUCCUCUUUUAAUGGUUCAUCACCUCUGCCCUCCUCCCACCCCCAGACCAAUAAAUUUAAACAAUUAACUGGGCAAUUUAUUUAGGCUCCAAUCCCGAGGCUGUCUGGCCCAGACCAACCAGGCCUCACCAAACAGGCCCUCCGUGGUUAAAUCAAACACUGAUGGAAGGAAACAGGUUCUGAAGAGGCAGCUCUGACUCCGUCCUUCUGUGGCCAGAGCAGGACAUGAACCACAGCCCCGAGCUGAAAUAAGGCCUGUGAACUGCAGGGAGCCCAGGCCAGACCCACUGGAAUCACUUCUGCUGAAUCCCCUCCCUGAAAAGCCUCGAAGAGGGUGGAGGACAACUUGCCACAGGCGACUGUCUGUGUUCUGUGGUCCACCCAACUGGCAGAGCAAGAGGUCAUGGGCAGGAAGGAAGGACGGGGUGCUGUUGGCAACUGUGGGCUGGGGCAAGGUGUGGUUUAUAGACUGGGGGCACCAUAUGUAGUCAUCAAAAUGUUUUAACCAAGCCGUCCAACGAUCAGCAAACAUGUCUGGUUUGAAGCUAAGGGAAGGGCAGGAGAAACCUCGGUGUGUGCCCCUGAAGUCCUCCUCCUUGGAUGCCAGGGAAGCUGGAGCCUGUUCCACCCAGCAUUGGCCCGUCUGUGGUGCGGGAAGGGAGGGUCUGCAGAACUGCCACCAGGAAGAUGCAUGUUUGCCGGUCCUUGGUUGCUACUACUGUUGAGUGCUGUUCUGGAAAAGCUGACUUCUUGAUGUGUUUCUGUCUCCCUGGUGCAGGGCAGUUGACCUUUUUGUGCACAGACCUUUGCAGAUAUUGUAGCAGCACUCUGGUCACUUGAGGGUAAGGCUGAGGUGGGGCCCCCAGAAGGCUUUCCAGAGAGCCAUCCUGGCCAUUUUUGACUCAUUUCUGAGAAGGACUUAGUCCUGAGGACCUACCUGUAAAAUCUUCGGAAAGAACUCUCUUUCACUAAGUGAUGCUGCCCGCUUGACCAGCAUUCCAAAUAGAUCAGACUCACCAACUCCGAGUCUGCACAAAGCCAGGCGGAGGGCAGCCACUCUGGCCAAAAUCAGUGAACCCUGCCUGGCUCUUCCUCCAGGCAGCUGUUAGGCUUGUCAUAGACGAGCUAAAUGACUAUCUGGCGUAUAGUAGGGAGUAAAUUCCACCAUAAAGCAGGAUCCCAACAAGUUAUUAUGUUGAAUUUGGAACUUCUCAGAAACUAAGCCAAAAUGGCAGCCACCAAGCGUAGCAGGGACCCGGCGGGACUCACUGAUACUGUGUCCAGGGGCCUGUCACACACUCAGCUAAGGAGACUGUGUGUCAGAGCUGAUCUUUAGAAGUUUAUCUUCAGGUGAAGAAAAGAGGAAGCAGAAUUCCCACUGAGCUCCUCUUCCAGAAGGUAAAGACCAACGUACGAACGUAAUUCCAGUGUCACAUGUUGAGUUUUUAUAUGUGUGUACAUAAUUAUAUAUAGAGAUAGACUUGUGUAUACACCUUCCACACACAUUCUCACAAAGAUACGUGUGCUCGAUGUAUAUUCUUGUUUUUCCUGCUCUCAAGUUGGAACUUGCAUUGUGAUAUCAGUUUUGGAAAUCCAAAAGUACUGCAAUGUGUUGAAAUAAGAAAUGCUUAAUAUUGUCCAAAAACUUGUGAAUUGUCUUGCCAUCAAUAAAACAAUGCAUAGAUGUGUUAACUAAAGGCAAAAACAGACCCUGGGAAUAUGCACACUGUUUCUGUCUGUACUUAUAUGCACAAGUGUGCAUGCCUAUACAGGCCAGUCCCCCCACCAUGGCACACCCCCCAAGUGGUGCUUGUUGGAAGAGUGCUUACUUACCUCGUGAGAAUUCAGAGGAGUCCAGGAGACAGCACCAAGCCUGGCUGGCAGUGAGGGCCAUUGCUUGUGGCCCCUAGGACAGCCCAAUUUGCAGGGAUCUCAUUGGGUCUCAGUGAAUGAAUGGUGGAUUUUUAUUUUCUUGGUACUAAAGAGUACUUUUUCUUUAAAAAUUUUUGUUAAAAAGAUAGAAACUCAGUCCCCUUCUCAUGUGUACACAUAUCCAGGGUACCAUGUUUUUUUCCAUCACAGCCUAGAAUAAUAGUAAGAGAUGAAGUAGAUACAGUGUGGCUUGAUGUGGCCUCCGUGAGCCCUCCUUUCCCAACACAUACAUGACAUCCUCUCUCCUGAGCCCAGCUCUCCCAGCCCUGUAGGAGAGGGGGAGGUGGGGAGGGCAAUUGCCUCCCCUUAUCCUCCUAUCCUGGUGGCGCCACAUUGUUCUAUGAGUGCCCUCCUCGGGCCUCAUCUCCACCCCUCUUCCUGGGUCUGUCAGGGCAGCCAGACCUCCAGCACAGAAGGGCCUUGGCUCCUUGGCUCCCACUGGGGGCAGGUGCCGUCACUGUCCUCUUGCUUGUAGGUAGGAUCUUGUCUGAGUUAAGGCUCAAUAAUGAAAUGAUCAGGUUCCCUUGAAGAGAAUGUCAUGAAAUUCCUCAGCAUUCCUGGUGAGAGUAUCCCAUCGUUGCUGGAUCCAGGUGGGCUAGCAUGAGGCAGAGAGGAAGGACCCUCUUAGGAAAUGAUUUCAGUUUAGCCAGUGGUUCAGUCUCUCUCCACAGAGCACACUUGACCUGGAAAUAGAGCAGGCUCAUCUUCUGUAGCCCUCUGUUUUACUUUGAGGAAUCUCAAAAAAAAAGAAAAAAAAACGCUGUCAGUAAAGCUCCUGUUUUGUGGACAUCUGAAAAAUCGAGCAUAUGGUGGAGAAAGCAGAAAGCGUGUUUAUAAAUGCAGAUGUGCCAGAGUGAAGGGGUGGUCUUGGCAUCUCGAGUGCUAGAGCUGCCGCCGUGUGGUCCAAGGUUAGCAAGCAUGCUGACUCGGUCAGAGGUCUCCCUGCCAUCACCAUCACCGCACUCUUCCUGUCAGCAUCCUCAGUUGGUCUGGGAUGGCUCAGGUCUGAGGAGCAAUGGCCAGAUCAGUUCGAGGGUUUCAGGCAGCAGAAACGAGGAUUGGUAUGGUGGUAGCCGAGACUGUGGACACAUCUUGAGUGUGAUGUUGUCGUUUUCCUGGUCGCGGCAAUGCUGGGGACCCCUGCCCUCAAGUACCAGGUGUGACAAUAAUGGCACCGCUGGCUUCGGUGUCCUGCAGGCAGAGAAGCCUCAUUUCUCCACAUGGCAGAAGGCAGGUGAGGGUGUCGGGAUGUGAGAACAGGUACCUGAGGGCUGUGAGGCAUGUCUGAGCCACACGAGGGGCAACCGAGCUGAAGUGUCUGGGCAUCAACCAGUGCGCACUAGUUUCCUAACUACCUCUCCCCCAAGAAUGUGAGACAUUGUCCCCUGGCUACAGCAGAGUGAGGCGGCAGGCUCACAACCUUCCUGCAGGAAAUGCAGGAAAACCAAGUCCGAGAAGGGUGACUUGCUUGUGAUUACCCAGUAACCUGCAAGCAGUCAGAAUCAAGUGUUUUCACCCUUCAUCUAUCGCUGACGUGUGUGUAACAGAUGUGACUCUGCACUGGCACGCAGGGCUACAGGGCACGUGUGCUCCUCAGACCAUCUCUACUCUGGUUUGGACCUAAAAGUCGGUCCAGCGUAUCUGAGUACCUUUCAGGCUCCUCCAUUGCAAAGAAGGGCCAGCCCCCAAGUCCACUCUGAUUGUCACAGCAGGGCACCCUCUGGAUUUUUUUGUUUGAAAUAAACUAUUUCAGUGACCCCAAACCUUGAGCUCUCAAUGUGUAAACUCCCUGGACACCAGACAACCCCCUACCCCGCCCCUGCUGAUGCUCACGGUAGGGUGUGGUUUAUCCUUGCAGUGGGAUGGGAAGCUUCCUUCUAGUGCGAAGCCUCCAUAGGUGGACGGCCAGCUGUAUCACACGGUGUGUGUCACCUUCCUCCUCACCCGGCCCCAGGGAAGUGAUUGGCCACGAGGAGCACAAAGGAUGGCAUUCCCAUCUCACUGGCUCAGCAGGCUUAAAUGGCCACAUUGACUUUACAUAAAACUGUGUAAAAUGUGGAAGACUCAGCAUGUUGAUCAAACAAUAAACUGUCCUAA